UAAUUUUGAAGGUAAGUUGGAAAUCUUUCAGCCAGGGGUAAAGAUGUCUCCUACGGAAGUACUACGGGGUAAUGCCAGCAUUCUGCUUCCAAAUGUGCAGGACGCAGAUGGAAAGAUUUACACAUGCUCUGUUCUCCACAGCCCUGACAGGGAAGAGAAGACAAUAGAGUUGAGAGUGGACGCUCCCCCACUUGUUAAACUUGGCUCUACAAAAGUGCAGUUGAACAAGCUAAACACGAUUGCAUGUACAGCAACAGAUUUCUAUCCUGGCAAUAUAUCCAUGACGUGGUUCCGAAAUGAUAAGAUUGUGCAAGGCCCCGAACGGCCUCCUAUUCAGCCCAGCACCGGCCAAUUGUUCAGAGCAGAAAGUUUCCUGAAGCUCGUACCAGAAUUUUCGGAUGCCAAAGCCAACUUCUCUUGCCAUAUCAAUCACCAAGCAUUCAAAGGGCCAGAGGCACCACAAUUCCAACUGAGCUUGCAAGCUCGGCCCAACCUUCAGCUGAUCACAAGGCCUCAAGGGGAAAAAUUUGUUGCGGCCCUGUGCAAUGUGAGCGAAUUUUAUCCCUCUCAUGUCAACAUUCAGUGGUUGAAAAACGGAGAGCCACAAGAGCAAGUAAAGUCAGAGGUGUACCGCAUGCACAAUGGGAUGUUUUACAUCAACAGUGUCUUCUUCCCAAAGAAGAGUGAUGUUGAAGUCACCUAUGCUUGUCGAGUAGAACACGAAGCUUUGGAAACCUCAUUGGAAAAGUCUGUCCUUUGGCGACCAGAAGGUGAGGGAGAUGUGAUUAUUCAUCCCAGUCUCCCAGUUACCCAAAGUACUAGGAAUACAUUUUUUCUCUCAACUUCUCGGCCCACAGUUACUCCUACGAUUCCAACUGCAGUGCCUCUUUGGCUGGUGUGUUUGGCUGGACUCGGUUCUGGAUUGAUACUAGGAGCAGGAAUAACAAUAUGUAUAUAUAAAGCCAAGAAUAACUCAGUUAUGGGUACAUCCGAUGAGAAAAAGCAUCUUCAAAAGAAAGAUGAGGAGAAACUACUAGACACAUCAAAACCAAGACCAGAAGAGACCAGGAGUGAAUUAAUACCUACAGAAGAGUUGGAUAAUGUGCAGGAACAACGACUUUGAAUGGGUACUAUAUACAUUGCACUGAAAAAUGUGGUCUGUGUAAAGCAAGCCUUAAAUUUAUCUUCGAUGAUCUGUACAGUUCAUUGUUUCCUUCCAUGGCUUAAGGAAACCAUAAACAUGUGAAUACGAGGUAUUUGUGAAAGACAAGAAGUAGAAAUUGCUCUUUGUCAUCAGUCACAGAUUUCUACUUUUCAUUUUUUUAAAUCAAGUUGGUGUACAAAUUAUGCUGUGAAGCCAAACACUAACCCUCUCUUUUAAUUAGUUACUAGAAAAGGGGGAUGGGGGGAAAUCUUUCUUUUUUCUUUUAACUUUCUCGCUAGAUGUAUGCAAAAGAUUUAUCAAAGGAAAAAGUUCAAAUUUGAAUUACCUUAUUUUUAGGAUGAAACAAUUAUUUCAAGUGGGGAAAAGACUGCUUUGAUCAGUUUGGAAGCUUUUCCAACUAAAAAUAGUUGUUUGAUAUUCAAAAUGGACAUGUUUGAAUAUAACAUUUCAUUCAUUCAUUCUUUACCAUUCAUAUUUGAUUCUUGGUGGCAACUUUACAGACUAUUCUGUGAUAUCCUGUCAAGCACAGCUUUUUUAAAUUAUUGGAUGUUCAUCUUUGUAUCAGCUUUGAUACUAUUAAGCAGCAAGUUCUUUGCAGCCCUUUUUUCUAACCAUUUCUACAAUCUUUGACUUGUCCAAUGAAUUUGCUUGCAUGACAUGGCCAAAAUAAAUCAGACAUGGUGCUGUUUCUGGUUUAAUAUGAUUGAACACCUUUUGGUUAGUUAGUUAGUUUCUGUUAGUUGUUCUGGCUGACCUUGGCAUAUGGAAUCAUUUAUGCCAACACUACAGUUCAAAGGCAUCUGUUUUAUAAAGCCCUGUUUUUCAACCAGAGAAACUAUGAUUGACAUGCACUAGAUUAAAGUACAGGUACUUACAACAGUUCACUUCCUCAUUGUUCAAAGUUACAAUGGCUUAUGAAAAGUGAAAACUAUGACUUCUGACCUAUUUUCAGUUUUGACCUUUGCAGCAUUCCCAUGAUCAUGUGAUCAAAAUUCAGGUGCUUGGCAGCUGGUUCAUAUUUAUGACCAUUGCUGUGACCCAAGAUCAUGUGAUCACCUUUUGUGGCCUUGUGAUGAGGAAAGUCAACAGAGAAGCCAUUGACUGGGUUAAUAACAUCAACUGCAAUGAUUCAUUUAACAACUGUGACACGAAAGGUUGUAAAAUGGGGCAAAACCCUCUUAACAAAU